UUGAAGAAUCAACGGGUGAGUUGUGGUUAGGGGUGAAAUGCCACUCGCACCCAAAGCUAGCUGGUUCUCCCCGAAAUGCGUUGAGGCGUAGUAGUUGAUUGGACAUCUAGGGGUAAAGCACGAUUUCGGUGCGGGUUUCUGGAGGUGGACCCAAGGAUUGAUAAUUCACCAAUGGAAUGAUUUUGCAUGAAUUUAUGUACCACAAGAAUUUUCGAGUCUCUUUUUCUUUCUUUCUAAAAUACAAUGGAGGAAAAAGAAAACAACCAGCCUUAUUUGCCUACAAUUUUCCCAAGUCUUAACCAUCAAAAUCCAGAGAUGGUUAAUGAAGAAGCUAUGAUGGUGUCACAAAAUGAAGAGAAAUUUAAAGAGUUUAGUGAUAAAGUAGAGAAUGCUACACAAAUAAGGUUUCUUAUUGGUGAAAAUCUUGAAAAUGGCAAAGCAAAUGAAAACAAGAAGAAGAGGAAAAGAAGAAGAAUCAAGAGUAGUGAGGAAGUUGAGAAUCAAAGAAUGACACAUAUUGAAGUGGAGAGGAAUAGAAGGAAGCAAAUGAAUGAGCAUCUUCUUGUCUUGAGGUCUCUCAUGCCAACCUCCUAUGUACAAAGGGGAGAUCAAGCUUCAAUUAUUGGUGGAGCAACAGAAUUUUUGAGAGAAUUAGAGCAACUUUUACAAUGUCUUGAAUCACAAAAGAGAAGGAAACUCUAUGGAGAUGAUUCAUUAUUAAUGGAAAUUCAAAAUCCACCAUUCUUUGCUCCUUUGCCUCUUGCAAAUGAAAUAUAUGAAGGUGGAAUUCAAGAAGAAAUAGCAGAGAGCAAGUCAUGUUUGGCUGAUGUUGAAGUGAAACUGAUAGGUUUUAAUGCAAUGAUCAAGAUAUUGUCAAAAAGAAGGCCAGGACAACUCAUUAGCACCAUUUCUGCAUUAGAAGAUUUGCAGCUUAAUAUUAUUCAUACAAAUAUUACCACCAUUGACCAAACUGUUCUAUAUUCUUUCAAUGUUAAGAUUUCUGGUGAAACAAAGUUUACAGCUGAUGGUAUAGCAAAUUUGGUACAACAAAUAUUCAGUUUUAUUUAUGCAAACAAUGCCAUAUGAAAUAUACCCUAAUUUACCCCGUACUCUUGUAUCAUAGCAAUUCUUGUUUAAUCUUGGAUUUGAGCUGUUAAUUAGUGACUUCAUACAUAUUCUUGAUCAUUCAAAUAAAAAAUCAGCAUAAAUUCAUGUGUA